UAACAUCCGGGAAUUAUUGCAAGGAGUGUGACGAGUCAAGAUGGCCGCGCACUGUGCCCAGAAAAUUUUGUUUUAUUUCAUUCAAGCUGUUUUGCUGUUAGACAAAGGGUCAGUUUCUGGUGAAGAGGUUCGGAUGAGACUUGUUGAGGAGCCAAUAAACCUAGGAAAUCAACAAUGGAAUGCACCAUCCCAGCCUAAAACACUCGUUCCUAAAGUUCAGUUUUCAAAUUUUUCAGGUCCGCCACAUUUACAGAGAUUAAAAGGAAAAUGCUUUUCAUUAGUACAAAAUGAUUACAAGUAUGAUUUAUGUCCUUUUCAAAAUGUUACGCAACAUGAGCAGAGUUUAAGAUGGAAUCCGUACAGUGGUAUUCUAGGGAUCUAUGAAGAAUGGGAAAUAGUUAAUAAUACAUUCCAUGCCAUGGUAUUUAAAGAUGGUGAUGAGUGUGGAGAAAAGACAAGACAAAUUAAAGUACAACUGAAAUGUGGUACAAAGAAUGAGAUAGACUCCGUUGGGGAACCUGUUACAUGUGAAUAUGCCAUGACUUUCCGUACGCCGUUGGUUUGCCAUGAACACUCAAUGCUUGUUUAUCCCAACUUGGAUGAAGACUUACAAGCCGAGUGGAACGAGUUAGAAGGAAGGUUAUAUAGAGAAGAAGUGACCCAACAGGGCUAUAAGAAGAUGUUACAUAAAAUCUUUGAGUCUGCAGGAUUCGUUCUUAGCCCUAAUUUCAAGCCUAUUCCUGCCAAACAAGAUCAUGAGGCGCAUCCAGAUGAUUUCACAAGUCUUGAUACAUGUAAAGAUGAAUAUAGAAAACUCAAUGCUGAAGUCGAGCGACUGAAAUCAGAGCUGGACUCCAGAAUGAACCAACCAGAUAUCAUAAAUAACUAGUAGUUGUGAUCAGCCCAAUUUGUUUUCAAUGCAUUGAAGGAGCUGGUAUGUCGGUCAAUGAUUACGAGAAAGACAAGUAUGAUCUCUACGAUGACCUGUAGGCUGUAGAAGGCAGAGAGUUUCUUGUAAGAUGAGGAUUAUUUACAAACAAUGACAGUUGAUCCGUUAGUUUCAACAUGUGAA